CAUCAGCAUGCAGAGGGGGGCGUGGCUUCUGCGCAUGCCCCGCCCACCCUCCUUAGAUAUCCUGCAGCCUCUCUCCCUGCUGAUCAAACUGCUGCCCGAGCUCCAGCUGCAGACACACUGAGGCUGAGAGCUGGAACAGAGACUCAGGACAAUACCAAGACAAAGGGGUCCCGUGCAGGUCCGGGUCUGCGCUCUCUCUGGACUGCUUCUGGAUCUUUGUGGAGAGGGAGGCUGCAGCUCUGUGUUCAGCCGUGCAUGCUCCACACACAGAGGGGAGCGUGGAGUGGAGGGUUUGCAGCGAGGACCAGUGACCCCACAGAGCCGCAGGCAGGAGCCCACCGCCGGCAUGACCCCCUCACGGAGCUCCGCCCUCAGCCUGGUGCUGCUGCUGCUGCUGCUCUGCGCCCACAUACAGGUAUCUUCAUCCUCGGGACACUUUGAGCUCCAGGUCGUAUCGCUGCAGAACCUGAAAGGGCGUCUGCAGAGCGGCGCCUGCUGCGACGGGUCCAGGGACGAGCGCUGCACGGCGGACGAAUGCGACACCUACUUCCGGGUGUGUCUGAAGGAGUACCAGCUGAAGGUGUCCUCGGGCGGGCCCUGCAGCUUCGGCGCCGCCUCCACGCCCGUGCUCGGCGGGAACACUUUCACCGUGCACGACACCAAGAGCGACGGCGCCAGGAUGGAGCUGCCGUUCAGCUUCGCGUGGCCGAGGUCGUACACGUUGAUCGUGGAAGCUCUAGACUACAACAACGACUCUUCAUCUGGCAGUGUGAUCGAGAAAGCCGUCCACUCGGGGAUGAUCAACCCGAGCCGUCAGUGGCAGACUCUGAAGCACGACGGCCGAGUGGCUCAGUUCUCCUUCCAGGUACGCCUCACCUGUGACGAGCAUUACUACGGCUUCGGCUGCAACAAGUUCUGCCGCCCCAGAGACGACUUCUUCGGACACUACGAGUGCGACCACAACGGGAACAAGACGUGUCUGGACGGCUGGUCCGGUCCGGACUGCAACACGGCCAUCUGCAGGCAGGGCUGCAGCUCGGAGCACGGGUCCUGUAAGGUUCCUGGAGAGUGCAAGUGUCUGUAUGGCUGGCAGGGGGAUUACUGUGAUCAGUGCAUCCCUCACCCCGGCUGUGUUCACGGCAGCUGUGUGGAGCCCUGGCAGUGUCUGUGUGACACCAACUACGGGGGACAGCUUUGUGACAAAGAUCUGAACACGUGUGCGACCCUGCAGCCGUGUCUGAACGGGGGAACCUGCAGCAACACGGGUCCAGAUAAAUACCACUGCUCCUGUCGGGACGGGUUCUCCGGGGUCAGCUGUCAGAGAGCGGACCACGCCUGCCUCUCUAACCCCUGCCUGAACGGAGCCAGCUGUGCAGAGACCAGUCUGGGUUUUGAGUGUCGCUGUGCGCCCGGGUGGAGCGGACCCUCCUGCACCAUCAGUAAGACCUGUCUGAGUCUAUAA